CUCAGUUGGAUCCUUCCUCAACUUCUUGGCGCGCUGUUGAAAUGUGCUCCUAAUAAUUGUCUCAUUUGAAUCCCUCUCACUCAGCUCCUUCCUCAACUCCUUGGCGCGCUCUUGAAAUUUGCCAUGAGUAUCGACGUGUUUACGGUAAUAAUUUUUUUCUUUUGAAGUAAUUUCAAAAUUUAUCUUUAUUUUUUUUAAUUAUUCGACGAUCAAGGACUUAGUGCAAUUCAAGCUUUGUAAAGAGGUGCUUUGAAACGUAGCUCAGUGCAGAAUUGCCUGAACAUGCUGCUCAAGUUCCAACGGAAUGAGUUUAUUAUGUUUUUUUGUCGUCGCCUAACUUAUCUUGUUUGAUUGAGACUGAAAACGUCAGGUAUUCUCCAGAAAAAGAUAUUUUCUGCCAUAGAGUUUUAAUCCUUAAAAACCCAGGUUUGUCUAUACAUGUUCUCCAGAGUUCACUCUGUUUUGACAACGUUUUACCAUAGAGUAAGACGAGGGAAGCUUUGCAGAAGCCCUUAUGUGAAAGAUGUGAGGAGAUUGAAAAGUUAAUCGAGUCCUCUUCUGCGCAGGUACCGAGAGGUUCAUUUCAUGUUACUUUGAUUUCAGUUUUAAGUGGUGAAUAUUUGUCCAGAUGAUCAAAGUUAAUUAGUUACUUAAAAAGAGUUAACCAUGCACGGGAUCCCAUGCCAAUUCUAUCCUUCACUGAGUUUACAAUUUCUUUUCUGUCAAACUCAUUAUUUUACAAUUAUUCACCUCAGGCUCAAUGAAUGUUAUUGAAUUUGUCUCAGGAUUAUUCAACAAUAUUCACUGACUCUAGCCCUGAGACAAUUAUUUGUUUUAGUAUAAUUGCUCAGGUGCUUUCUAAUUCUGUUGUAAAUGAUGGUUUUGAUGUUGAAACCAUUCUUUUCCAAUUGUUUUGAUUGUGCGUAACAAGAUAAAGAGCCAGUUUGCACUAGAAUUUGAUAGGUUCACGUGAUUCAAUUACUAAAAACUUCAUAUCUUUCUUUUGAAAAGUGUUACUCCAAACUUGCUUGCAUCUUUUGUGCUCUUCAGAAUUGAAUUUUCUUGAUUGCUUUCAUCACCUCCUCAAUAACACUUGCAAAAGCAAGGCAGCAAUUUUGACCUUUAGCACUUCUGCUAUAAUCACCUUGUGCAAGGUGAUUAUAGUGAGAUAUGUUGCAACCCUUAACCAAUCAGAGCAUGAGUAUCUCUAUAAUCACCAGAGCAUUUAUGCCAAUAAACACUAUUAUUGCUCAUGGACAAUAUAUAGCAAAUCCUGUGUUCUUAUUGGUUACCUGAGUGGGCAAGAUGGGCUCAUUUUACCUGCUUUGAUCUCAUGCAAGAAAAAAUUUAUUUUGGACAAUACAGCAAUGGAGUUGUAAAAAGCACCAGAGGGCAGUUUUAACAAAGAAAACAUAAAUGACUCUGUUGGGUUUAUUGUGCUUAACUUUCUUUUCCAGCUCUUGAAAAAAACAAGUCAUUCUUAUCCUUAUUUAACUGAGAUCUUUUUGCAGUAUAGAAAAUCCUUUAUUUACCAAGCUUGUUCAGUUAAGAUGACCGGAUAUUAGCUUCUUUCUUUUUUUUUUCUUGGUCUUUUUUUCAUUCCAUUGUAAAAUGAAAAAAAAGGACUCAGCCAAUAUCCAGUCAUCUUGGUCAAUAAUGCAUAUAUACUGUACCCAAAGAGAAAGGACAGCAAGAUACUUCCAUUCACUGAAUAGACCUCAUAUUAAAUUGCCUUAUGUUUUUCCUAGCUUGGGCCUCGGACAUUUUCACUUGGUGUAGAGCUAGGAGAAAGCAUUUUAAAAGUGAUAGCCUAUCUGCUUCAUUAUGUAUAUAGUUCUUAAUCAAAAACGAAUUGAUCCUUUUUAGCAUUGUAUUGUAUUACUAAAAGAUAUUGCCAUUAGAAUAUAAAAAACCAACAACAAUGACAACAGAAGAUUGAUUAUAAAAAAACAAAAACUGUUCACAACCAUGUGUAAGAGGUCUGAAAGGCUAUAAACACAUGUAGGGGACAGCUAUAAUGAUCAUUUUUGUCUUUUGUUCCAGAAUCUUCAUGGAUUCUUUCCACAACUACUCAGUAGUAUUUUUGGAUAUGCAGGCUCAGCUGAUUGGGGUCUUAAAACUCUUUCACGUGACAAGAAAGACUUUGCUACAGUACAACAAUUUUUAUCACCUACUGGUCCAGUUUUUAAAUUGAUUGACAUGUUGCAGGCAGAUGACCUGAAACGUUAUGAAUUCUUUAUUAACUGCCUUCCUGUAAGUGUCAGCACUUUUUCAUGUUUGUUUGCUUGUUGGUUUUCUGGUGCAGCUGUAAACGUUUGCUUAUCAAUGUUUUUAUUCACAGUGAUUACUAUUAAAGCUAAUUAUGGAUAGUAGGAAGGUACAUAACAGAAUAAAUACUAGCUAACUUCACUGCACGGAAAUGAGAGAAUUUAUGAUAUGACUUUGAUGUAAUUUACACCAUUGUUCAAGGACAUGGCAGGGCUGUGCACUAGCAGAGCAGAGGUGUCACAGGGUCAAUGACACACUGUACAACUGUGUUUUUAUGGAAGCUUUUGAGAGCAUUGUGUUCUAGUUUUCUAUGAUAUGAGUUGUCAGCUGUCUGGUGAUUCUUGGUAGAAAUCAUUUCUUUGUACCUUUGUUACCAGAAUUAAGAUUAUGUCAUUUCCUUACCUUUCACAGUACAAAUUUGCUCUUUUGAACUUUAACUGGAUGUUGUAGUUGAUACAAGUUUUCUCCUCUUUCUAGUGGUAUAACCUUGUCAUAUUUUCACCAUAGAUUUCAACACAGAAAUCACUGUCAGAAGGUAUGAUUCCUGUUUUGUACCGAGACAAAGUACCAGUCAGAACUCCUGGUGAAACUAUGAACACUGUAUUGCUUAAUAUCCUUCAUACAAUUGACAUUUUUAAAAGUAAUUUUUACAAGCACCGCCAGAAGGCAGAGGAAAUUGUUUAACAGGCAACAUUCACCCAAGCCUAACUACAAGGGGUUUGCAGAUAGAUGCCAUAUGAUAAACUCAACUUAUAUGAAAGUCAACUUUUUCAUAGUUUCAUGUUCUUGGUUAACCUCCAUAAAUUGGAUCUGUAAAUGAUGUGUGGUGAACUCACAUUUAUUGAUUUGGAAAAGAUUGUAUCAGGAAAUUCAUAUCUCUUCAAAAGUGAAAUAAAAAAAUUACAUGUCAUGAAAAGUAAUUCACAUGACCAAUUCAUAAGCCUUCUAACCCAUCUAACCAUUUAAAUCGGGUGACAGAAUUUCCCCUUACAAUAUCAAUACAAUAUCAAGCAGACAAGUGAUGAGAAUAUGAAAAGUAUCACUUAGGGUAUUGGUAGUUGAUCCAAUAAUAAAUUCUCUCAACUAACAGAAUCAUAAAGCAGACAAUAAGGAGGAUUACUGAUGGAAUUUUGUGAAUGAAAGGGUUAAGGAAGUGUCUUUUCUUAACCAGUGUGUAUGCAUCUAAGCCAGUGGGAACAUUGGGAAUUAAUAUAUUAAUAAUAAUAAUUUAUGAAAUAAAGGAUUAAAUUGUUGCUUAACUUUUUCAAGAUACCUUUGAAUACUACAUGUUUCAUUUUGCUUACUACAUUCUGCAUCAGAAAGUCAAUACAGUAAGUAUGGAAUGUUGACUGAUUGGAUGUUACAAACUGACAACAGAUAUGCCUACUGGUAAUUACAAUACUGUAUCUAUAUAAUGAUAUCUUUGCAUUGCUUUUGAGCUUGUGUACAGCUGCCAACAAUCUCCUCUCAUAAGUCCUUUCUCAUAGUACUUUAUUUUUGGUUUAUGGUCAAAAAAUAUAUUUUCAAAAUUUUAUAGUGUGUUUCUAACAAUGCCUGUGUUCAUAACUGAUAACUGUAGGAGUCUAGCUUCAUGGCAACCCAGGACUUUCUGUACUUGGUAGUGUUGGAUGACUAUCUUAACUUUUUUUUGCCAUCCGAUGGAGCUGCCAUCUCACACAGUACUGUCAAGGCCAGGUCACCUACUAGUUCAGUGAGGAAAUCUGCAAAUUGGUGAGAAUUUUAGGAGAAAAAUGUUUUGGCUUAACAACUGCCUCCUGGAAUAUGCAACCCACCCAAAAUGGCUGGUGAAAUUCACACUUAACUAUCAUGCACAGCAGUUUUUUUUAUAUUUGUCUUCUUUCAGGGAGGUCACAAUACAGUAACAUGAACAGUGACAAUUACUUUUAUUUUGUGUCUUUCAUUUGUUAUUGUUACCAAUGACCUUUGCUGUUAUUUUUGCACAGGCAUGAACCAAGUAUGUACACAAGGACCCAGUAUUUUCCAAACCAGUUCCCAGGCAUGAUUAAACCUUCUUCUGGCAGAGUUAGUCCACCCAGUGCUCACCAUGGAAUGUUUGAUCGCAGCUCACAGGAGAUAUGGAGAUCUGAAACAUUUAUACAGGUGAAUUAUGCCUAUAUUGGUUUGCCAGAUGUCUAUCUUUUAUUUCAAACUAGAUCUGCCUGAUGCAUUUUUUCAGUAGUUGUGGUUACUAUAAGUUAAUUAACAAACUUUCUUUUCAAACUCUCUGGGAAAAUUAUUCUCAUUAAAACCAUUUGAAACAUUAAGUACAAAAUGAGCUGAUUUAAAGUACACAGACAACAAACACAGUAAUACUCAAAUCUUUGAACAUUAAAUUGAACAGUAAUGGAGUUUUAUCUCUGAUUUGUAGAUACUCAUAGAAUUCUGGUUGAAUCAGAACACAGUGGAUUCUGUUUCAAGAAAUGUUCUCUCCCAUGGUCAGGUGCAGUAAUUUAUUCUGACUGUGUACACUGUAGUGUAGUCGUUAUAGUUUGUGUGUUUCGCCCUCAACUUUGUUGUAAGAGAUAAAAAUGCAAAAUGAGAACAUCUCCCUGCAGCCAUCUUGAGCAGCCAACUUUGGUCUAUGACAGAUUAUUAAAUAGUUAAAGUGACAUUAUUGGAACAACAUUACUGGGAUAACUUGAAAACUCAAUCAAACAAAGCAAGUCUCUCUCCAAAUUUCAUAGGAGAUUAAGUGAUAUUGAUUUUAAAGGGUGCUUUUGUUACUCCUUCUCAUGAAUUUGAGUGAUCAUUUUUAUUCGUAUAUACUUUUCAUAAUCUGAUACAUCUAUAUACUCUAUUAGGAUCCUUGCAUAUUUUAGAUAUUUUCAUAUAUAUUUUAUGCUUUAUUUUUACCUAUUUUCUUACAUAUUUUUUUGUUUUGUUGUGAAGCCUUUUAUACAUGAGCCUUGUUGCUUGGAAGACUGCUUUCCACAUCAUCGUCAAUAGAUAGAUUAAUACAUUGUAUUACAAGUGGACAAAAAAAAUUUAGCAGAGAAAAAUUGUUAUGAUCCUGACCUCAGGACAUAAUUUUGAUUUCAUCAAUGUGACAGUAAAUGUCUCUCAAAAGCUACAGUGUAUGAAAACCAGCUUUAAGAAGUACUUUCUAGCUGAGCCUUCUCUGCCAACUUGUGACGUGAGCUAGUCAGAGAAAUGGCUUCUGUUGAUCUUGUCCAAUUGUAGAGCCAGCCCCAAAAUCUAUCAUGGUUGAACUGUUUUAAUGCUCAAUCAAUAAAACUCUAACAGUAGGCUUUAGAAAGAAUUGUUUAUGUUUUCAAUUUUCAGGAGUAUUUUAUGCCAACAUUAGACCAUGUGCGAGUGGUGAGGAUUCUAGUGAAGCAUGUUCAUACAUUUGUAUAUGCCAAGGUAUCUGAUGUUGAUCAGCUCUCUGUAUUACACCCCUCAGAUGAACUGAGAAGGUAGAAGAUUUUUCUUGACUUUUUGUAAAUGUAACCUCAGUUAAACCACACUGUUAAUGAGGCAUUUGAAAUUGAAUAAUUCUCUGCCUAAAUUUUGAUUGCCAUAGCUAUUACUUAUUGAGAUGUAGGUGUUAUGCUUUUUUUCCUAAAUUUGCAACAAUUUCCUGCUACUACAUUUCUUGAUGAAAACCUUAAAUAUCCUAGACACCAUCCACAUACUUGUUUCCUUUGGUUUUGUUUGUAUGAAGAAAAAGCUUGCAGGAUGUUAGUAAUAUGGCUGAUUCUUGUGCUAUGUUUUAGCACUUAGCCAGUGUAUAGAGGUUUUGGAAAAAAAACAGUAAAGAUUUUUGCUCAACACUUGUGUAUUAUGAAGUCCUCUUGGAUCUUUUUGUACAUAUUAAGGUGGCUAAAGACAGAACUAUGUGGAAAUUUCGCAUUAUCAUACAUGGAUGAUAGAUCAUAUUUCUCCUCAGAAAAUGGCUCGGCAAGGAACUUCUCUCCCUUUCCUCCCGUAAUGAAUCCUCCUUUAUGUUUUUUCACAUUUUGUAAUAUCAAAGGAGGGGAGAGAGAGGUUAUGUUAAAAAUAUUUUGAGUUGUUUUGAGUUUUUCAUUAAAUCAAGUAACUUUUUAGCAAUUUACUUGGAGAUGACUGUAAUUAAUCCAUAGUAUUUUUUUGUUUGUGCCAGGGUCAUUGUUGUUCAAUUUCUUCAAAAGAAGCUUUAUUUUUUUCUAUGUCACUGCUUUUCUCACUGGCCUCUGGAUCCCUCCUUUAGAUAUGUGAGUGUCUUUACUUUUUUAACCUUUACACCCUGAGAUCUGUAUUCAUAUUCUCUGUAUGGUUCCCUAUACAUUUCCUAUGGUGCUGAUAUGGAGAAUUUCAACAAUUGAGAGCUUCUCUUGUCGGUGAUCAUUUUCUCAUAUUCUCAUGGCUUUAAUUUGUGAUUCAACAGUGAUACGGUGAAGAAAGAUAGGAUGCCAUUAACUCCUAGGGGUUUAAGUGUUAAUUAGUUCAUUUUUUGUAAUAUACAAACAAAGCAUGGUGAAGAUACACAACUGUACAAGACAUAUUAAUUGUUGACUCUGUCACGCCUUGCAGGUGUUGGAAACAUGGCUGAGUUACAUUCAGCCUUGGAGGUAUUCAAAGUCCCAGCCUGGCUCAGUAGCAUCUGGAGAUGAUGAGUCCAAAAUGACUGCCAGCCCUGAAUGGUAAGAGAAACAGAUACUGUAUUCAGGUGAAUGCCACUGAAAUUGCUUUGCAACUCACCUAUACUCUGACUAUGAUCUGUUAGCUUCUUUGGAUAUAACUGAACAAUGUUGAAAAUCUUUAUCCAAGGAUGUUUACUUAUUCUCUCUCUAGAUCUAAUCUGCUCUGUCUGCCAAACACUUUUUCUUAAUUUUAAGAUUGAGAAUUUUGGUGUCACAUCAAACAGUUUCUACUCUUCGAUAUUUUCUCUCUUCUCAUCACAUGUCUCCUUGAAAAUGUAUUGAAUAGUGGAAGGAUAAAUGACUUUAUAGUCCGUCCUUGGAGUGAGAAGAUUAAAAUGAGAAGACUUCACUCAUGGUGUCAAAUUUUCUUGUACCUAAACUGAGAGAAAUCUGGUCCAAGAUUGUAAAGUAAAUGCCUUUAAAUACCUUUAGCAUGAUACAUCUUGUAAUCUCUGGAGGUGACUGUUUCUCGAGUUAUUUUGCCACAAUUUUCCAGUAGCCUGCUAUCAUAAUCCAAAUGUCCCAAGCAUAUGAAGUGUACAUUAUGUCUAUUUUUUGUUUCAAUUAGGAAAUCUUUUGUUUUUGAAAACCUCCUGUUUUACUCUGCCUUGUUGUUUGAGUUUGUGUCUCGUGCUUGCCGUUUCAAUCUGACAUCAUCUAAGGAUGCUCAUCUGCUUUUUAGGGUCAUUAAGGUAAGGAGGCCUUUAAAGUUUGUAUAGUGUCUUUUGAUAUAUACUUCAGCUGGCACAUGACUUCCUGUAUUGUUAUUUUGUGUAACUCUUACUUUACGAUCUUGUUAGCCUACAACUUAUUUCUUGUAAGUUUAACAAAUUUUGAGAUUACAUUUAAGGGCAUUCAUUUGUAACAUAACAUCACAAUAUUGAAUAUCAAUAUUCACAGGUGUUUGCCCAACCUCAUUUGGUGGAUAUGAUUGAAGAAGGUUUGUAUUACAAUGUUUUACUACAUUUUGUAUAUCUCAGUCUUUAAUUAACUCUUUCCACCUAAGCAUCAGCAUGUUUAUUCUCUAUACUGGUCUCUAUACAUUUCCUAUGGCACUAACAAGGAAAAUUUAGCUAAAAAUCAAGAUCUUUCAAGCUUGCGAUCAUUUCUAUAAUUCUCAUGAGCCUAAUGUCUGUUUCAGCAGUGAUAGUUGAGUAAGAAAUUAGAUGCUGGUUAAAAGGUCAAAGAAUGUUACUUCACCUUCAGUAGCUGUGAGCCUCAAGCAGUGCGCUGAAAUCUCUUUAUGAUUACCAUACCAACUUCAUUCAAUUUCAAGCCUUUAAUCUCUUUUUCACACUUUACAAAUUGAUUUUUACUAAUGUGAGGAGGAAUUAGUUCUCUUAUGUCUUUAACUCCCAAAACCAGAUUGUUGAUUGUUGAUUCUCCCCUUAAGCUGCUACAUAAUUCUAGGUCAAUUAGUUACGAGAAUUUGGUGUUAGAUCAAGAUAAUAACAUGUACCUUAUAAGUUCAAGUAAUCUCACCACCUGUUUGCCGGAAAAGGCAUGGAUAUUAUAGAGGGAAGGUACAUGUUAGUCACUUCUGGGAGUGAAAGAGUUAUCACACAAGGUGCUGACAAGGUGCUGACAAGAAGAAUUUGUCAAACAAUCAAGAGCUUUCUUCACAGGUGAUCGGCUCCUUUAUUCUCCUGUCUUUAAUGUUUGAUUCAGGGCUGGUGUGGUAAGGAGAAAUUAGAUGCUAGUCACUUGUAGGGGUGAAAGGGUUAAAAGUCUUAUCUUGGUAUGGUGUGAUAUUUCCAUUUCUCUUCCUAAUUACCUUCACAGGAGAGAAGGCAUUUUUAAAUCCAUCUGGGAAUCGCCAUACUUCAUCCCAAGUUAAUUUAACUGCAUUAAGCUCAGCCAUUAAGGCUCACAUUGUUGAACUGGAAGGAUCUCCAAAUUCAUUUAGAACAGUGUUCCAUUUUCCAGGAGCAACAAAGGUAAGAGUUAUUGUUAAGAUCAAGAUCUACAUGACAUCUCCUAACUUAAGGAUCAGUAAGAAACUAAAAUAAGGACAAGCAUUUUCCAUAAUGCAGAUUUUCCCUGAACUUUAAAGGAACAAAGGGUGAUUUUUUUUGGAAAAUGUACACAUCCAACACUUUUCUUCUGUAUAGCUCAUAGUUCUUCUUGAAAUGACAACCAUUCUUAGUUAAAAUUUGCCAAUCAAAAACCACUCAAAUUCUUUCUACACCCUUUCACAGAAUCGUUUAAAAAAGAAAAGCUUAUAAAAGUUUUUAAGAGGCAGUUUUAUUCAAUCUUUCUAUGUGGUAUCAGAUGGGUGAACUUUACACAAGAGUGUUAGCUGCCCUUGAUGAAGCAAAGGCUAUGAAUCAGACUGCUCAGGAAUCUGAGGGCAACACAGGAGGAUUUACAGGUUUCUUAAGAAAUUUUCUCAAGCAUGGUGCUUCACAAGGCGAUGAGUUUGAAAGAAAAGCUGACAGUAUGAAACUUUUGUCAUAUUUGGAACAGACCAGCAAUUUAAUGCAACAAAUUGUCAAGGUUAGUCUGCAGAUAAUAUUUGAUAUAGGUAAAAGAGUUACAACAGAAACCUUGAAAUUUCCCAGUAGGUGGCUUAAAUUAGAGUUUACCAAGGGUCACAAAGUUAUGUUUGUUUUUCUUUCACAGUUAAUGUUAUAGCAUUUUCUUUUGUAACUUAAAAAACCUAUUUUUAUAUAUUAUUUUUAUAUAUGAAAAAGGGAGAAUGCAUACAUGCAACGAUGUUCACAUUGUUUCAAUCUUUAAUGCUUCUUGCCUUGAAAUUGCAAAUUUCUCUUUCUCCAAGGUUUCAGUCUCUGACUUGUUAAUUGUGUCUCACUUAAAGGUGUACAUUUAUUGUUGUUGUUGUUUUUGUUGACUUUGAAGCUUUCAUUUGUUUUGCUCUAGGAAAAUGAUUUUGCACCUAUGCAAUUAUUAAAUUUAUGAUUAGUAUUAACUCUGAUUUUUUAAAAUUAAUCUUAUUUUGAAAAUAAUUAUGAUUAAAGCAACAACAACAAAAUUGAUAAAACUUCAAAAUAGCAGUCUACAUAUAAUGCAAGUUGUUGUUAUGAUAUUUCUCCUUUUAGAAUACAGAAUCCAUAGGUGGUGGCAUAUUAAAUAGUUCAAUACAAUGGGAAAUCCCUUCAUCAGUAAAAAGAAGCAGACACACAUCUGCUCCUGGCUCUCAGACUUCCCUCCCAGAUCAUAUUGAGACAGAAAGAGGUCCUGUAUUAACGCCUUUGGGAAGAUAUCAAGUAUGUGAAAGAUUAUUGCAGGAUGUUGAUGUUUUUUGGUUUUUUUUUUUUUUUCAGCAGAUGAUAUUAUCACAAGCAGGGUUUUCAUGAACUAUUUACUCCCUAGCAUUAGUAGUCAAAUCCUCUACAUUGUUCUCUUUACAUUUCUUACAGUACUGACAAGGGGAGUUCAGGUGAAAUCAGGGACUCCUUAAAUUGGUGAUCAUUUAUUUCAUUCUAAUGACCUUCACAUUUGAUUCGAGGGUGGUACUGUGAGAGAAAUACGAAGCCAGUCAUCCUUAUGGAUUUAAGGGUUAAGAAAUGGAAUAGCAGGAGGAUAGUGUAAAAUAAAGUAAAAAGAUAGUAUACACCAUAUCUGAAAGAAAAAUAACUCAGGUCAUCAAAAUUUAAAUGGAGAAUUCUUCAUUGUUGCAAGAGAAUUCUGUGACUGCCUGUGCUUAAUAAACACCCUGAGAAAGAGGCAACAAAAGGGUUGUUUAAGGUCAUUAUAACACCAAAUGGGUUUGUUCUCUUCAUUGGUACCCUAGCCUAUGCAUUGCUUGUUAAUAGGAUCUAUACAUUGAAAAAUCAGUGAUGGAGUGGCAUCCCAUCCAGGGUUAGAGGCGAUACUCGAAAUGGCAUUUUGCUACAUGGACUAGGGGAAGCUGGGGCUGUAUGAGCCUCUUGGCUCAAUGACUGACUACUUUACCUUUUUAGAUGAUGAAUGGUCUUCGCAAGUUUCAAGUGAGAUACAGUGGUGAUCCAGAGCUUACCCCAAUUUGCAGCUUUGAAAAUCCUGCAUUGGUUCGUCUUAUGUACAGGCUCUCCACACAUCUAAAUAAAAAGGUUGCAAAUGCAUCUGUAAACUUUUAUAACUCAAUUAUUCCACGUAAUACAUGAAAUACCUAUCUUUCCUUUUCAAUCAUGGUUUAAAUUGUCUUUUUUCGGAAAUUGUUAGUAACAAGGCACUGCCAUCGAUGAUUUCUGGGAUAAACAGUUUAGCCUAGUCUCUAGCUGUGAUUUUUGUAGUUGUGAUUGAGAUGACUUAUUAUGAAUUUCUGUUUUCACUAGAAUUAUUACAACUGUAGAUCAAUGAGAGACUACUUAAAGUGUUACAUACUCAUACCUUUUUCUCUCACAUUUAGUUUGGCAAAUCCUUGGACAAGUUGUACAUAGAUUCCAGACUUUUCAGACAAGCUGCUUGCUUUUUCUCACCAGCUGUAAAAUCUCUGUCCUCCUCUACUCCUUCAAGACAAUCAUCAACCUCCCCAUCUCACUUCCUGCAGGAACCUGUACAGUUGCAGAUUAGCCUCAGAGUUUUUGCUUCAUACCACACUUUAUUAUACCUGUUUGUACUGUGGCUUUUUUUUCGCUUCACAUCCAUGAAUGUUUUUGUAGUUAUUUUGUUAUGGAUUUUGGUUUUGGUAGCAAUAGUGUUGAACCAUUUAACACCUUGUCACAAGAAAAGCUUGGCGUAUGGUAGAUAA